AUGAACUUCUUUAAGAAACCACCAACAAUAAAAGAACAACAGAGGGAAAAUGAUCGUGAACUUAGGAAGGCAAGCAGAGAUCUGGAAAGAGAUAAAGCUGCUCUUGAAAGGGAAGAGAAAAAAUUGGAAAUGGAUAUAAAGAAAAUGGCUAAGGAAGGUAAUAACGCUGGUUGUAAAAUUUUAGCAAAACAACUAGUACAAUUGAGAAAUCAAAAGACUAGGAUAUAUUCAGCUAAUAGCAAGAUAUCCACUGUUCAAAUCCACAAUAAAGCUAUGGGUGCUAAUAUUGCAAUUGCUGGUGCUAUGGGAACAACAGCUAAAACUAUGGGAAGUAUGAAUAAGAUAAUGAAUCCACAACAAAUAGCCAAAAAUAUGGAGGCUUUCAAGCAUGCCAAUGCUAGAAUGGAUAUGACCGAAGAGAUGAUAUCAGAAACAAUGGAUGAUAUAAUGAAUGAAUCAGGCGAUGAGGAAGAAACCGCAGGAAUUAUCAACCAAGUUCUUGAUGAGAUUGGUAUUGAAGUCAGUGGCAAGAUGGCGAAUGCACCAUCUGUAUCUAGAAAUAAAGUUGGCGAAUCGACAACAGAUGCGGACAAAGAAAUUAUGGCGCAGCUCGCGAAAUUGAAAUCAAGUUAA